AUGGGAGAGUUAAAAACUCUCGUAACGAAGGCUUUAGAGAAGAAGGGUGUCUUGGCUCGACUCAAGGCGGAGCUGCGAGCGAGCAUCUUCGAGGUGAUCGACGACAAGGACAAGACGGCGAGCGGCGACGAGCAACGCGCCGUGAGAGGCGGCUGCAGCGAGCAAGCGAAGAACCUGCACGACUCCAAGACAGGUCAUCUGCUGACGGCGCUGCUCUGCGAGUACCUGGAGUGGGGGGAGAUGGACCAUACCCUCAAAGUGUACCUCUCCGAGUGUAACCUGCCGCCAGUGUACCCGCGCCGACCAAAGCUAGAGGACGAGCUCGGGCUGCCGUCGUCCAAUGCCAUCAUGACACCUGGCGGCGCCACACGGCCGCUGCUGCACGAGCUGAUCGACGCCUACUUCACUCUCAAGGCGCAGGUCAAGUCAGGCGCCACAGGAACAUCGUCAUCAUCAGGAGGCGGGCUGCUGUCUCGCGCCACUGCUCGCAGCUCGAGCCCCUCUGCCGGACAGAGAUCCCCCAGGAGCACCUCGCCCCUCACGCGUGGCUUCAGCAGUGCGUUUGGCCGCAGCAGCAGCGGCGGGGGCGAGCGCGAGCGGUCGUCCUCAGGCAGCCGGCGCAGCAGCAGCGGCGGCAGGGCAGUGCCUGAGCCGGCAUCGAGAGGAGAGAGCGACACUGAGAGGGGCGGCGGCGGGGGCGCGUUUUCGAAGCUGCCGAUCUCGUUGCUACGUGACAUCCCAUCCUCGCGGGAUAGAUACUAG